AUGGCAAAACGUGAAUACAAGGAAGCAUUUUUAGAAUUAGGUUUUACUUGCAUUUAUGAUCGAGGACUGAACAAGCCGCAAUGCGUGUUGUGCAGUAAAAUAUUAAGUAAUGAAUCGAUGAAACCGAACAAACUUAAAAGACAUUUUGAUGCAAAACAUAAAAUUUUUUCCUUUGAGGGAAAAGAUCGUACUUUCUUCGAAAGAAAAGAAUUCUAUUUAAAAAGACAGCGUUUGGAUGCACCAAGUAGUAAUGGUUUUAUAAAUUCUGCCAAACAAGCUGGCUUGGCAUAUUGCAAGACAAAAGAAACCCCAUUAUAUUGCUGA